UCAGAUGGGGAUCUUGUUUCUGGCUCUGCUCGGCCUGAGCACAGCGCUGGUUUGUCCUGAUGGAGGCAUGUGUGAGGACAAAAACACGUGCUGCAAGAACUUAAUGGGAACAUACAGCUGCUGUCCGCUACCACAUGCUGAGUGUUGUUCAGACCACCUCCACUGCUGCUAUGAGGGGACCCUGUGUGAUCUGUCUCAUGAGAAAUGUGUAAAUAAGACAGUGUCUCUGCCCUGGGUGAGACGUCUUCCUGCCAAACAGACUCUGGAAGUCCCUCAGCUCCGUGACAGAGUGAAGACAAACGUAUGUCCAGACCAGGUGUCUUCGUGUUUGGAUGACUAUACUUGCUCCCAGCUUCAUAACGGCAGCUGGGGCUGUUGUCCGUUAACUAAGGCGGUGUGUUGCGAUGAUAAGCACCACUGUUGUCCCGAGGGAACAAAGUGUGAUACCGAUCGGCAAAUGUGUGUUUCUGCGUCACUGGAGUCCGUCCCCAUGGUGGAGAAACUCCCGGCCAUACGGAGGGAGAAUAACCCAGUUUCUGCAGCUCAAACCGUGGGUUCAGUGACGUGUCUGCCAGGGAAGAGCAGUUGUCCAGAUAGUUACACCUGUUGUCUUUUACCCAGCGGAGACUACGGCUGCUGUCCUUACCCACAGGCCAUUUGCUGCAGUGAUCAUGUCCACUGUUGCCCCAGCAACACAAUAUGUGACCUGGGACAUGGGGUCUGCAAGUCCGGUGAGACCAGAGUGCCGCUGCUGAAGAAGAUCCCUGCGCUUCCUCACAACGUUGUGUGUCCAGACAAAGUGGCCGCCUGUCCUGAUCAGACCACGUGCUGCGAGAUGGACAACAGCUCUUAUGGCUGCUGUCCGAUGCCCAAUGCCGUCUGUUGUUCAGAUCACAUCCACUGCUGCCCUGAAGGAACCCAGUGCGACCUGCGGCACAGCACCUGUGUGUCGACCCGGGGAGACGCCAUCAUGGCCUCUAAGAUCCCAGCUGCUCUGACGGAGCUGGUGGCAGCGCAGAGCAGAGUUGCUGCUGUUCCCUGUAACGACUCUGUGGCCUGUGCUGACGGAUAUACCUGCUGUCAAACGCCAUCGGAGGAAUGGGCGUGUUGCCCGUUACCUAAGGCCGUGUGCUGCGAGGACCACCUGCACUGCUGCCCCCACGGCACCAUAUGUAACCUGGCGGCCUCCACGUGUGAUGACCCCACAGCGAACAUGGCGGUGAUGCCUUGGCUUCCCCACACACCCGCCUCCCCCAUCGUGACGGACAACAGCAAGUGUGACAAAUCCACUUCUUGUCCUGGAAAAUCCACCUGCUGCAAAACGGUAACUGGAGACUGGGCCUGCUGUCCGCUGCCUCAGGCUGUUUGCUGCGACGACCACAUCCACUGCUGCCCUCAUGCGACCGUCUGCAACCUGGAGGCUGAAUCUUGCGAUGACCCGUCAGGUAUUUCAGCGUCCGUCCCCUGGGCGGAGAAGGUCUCUGCAGUGACGCUGGAGGUCCAGGACGAGAAGUGCGACCAGGAGACCAUGUGUCCAAGAGGAACCACCUGCUGUAAGAAAGACUCCGGACAGUGGGCCUGCUGCCCCCUGCCUCAGGCCGUGUGCUGCAGCGAUCACGAGCACUGUUGUCCCCAAGGCUACAAGUGUAACAUGGCCGCGCAGACGUGUGAUAAGCCCGGAGCCGUGAGCCGGCCGUGGCUGCAGAAGAUCCCGCCGCUGACCACGGAGCUCCGCCAGGCUGUUUCCGCUCUGCAGGCGAAGAACAUGUGUGACACCAGCACCAGCUGCCCCAAAGACACCACCUGCUGCUUCAUGGACAGGACCCACAAGUGGGGCUGCUGUCCUCUGCCGAAGGCGGUCUGCUGCAGCGACGGGAACCACUGCUGCCCCAGCGGUCACACCUGCGAGCCUCACCGCUCCUCGUGCUCCAAGGGCUCCCACUCUAUCCCCUGGUUCACCAAACUCAGCGCGGUGACCGAGCCCGGCGCCGUGACGGACGUCAAGUGUGACGACAAGAGCAGCUGUGCUUCGGGGACGACCUGCUGUAAACUAGCGACAGGAGAGUGGGGCUGCUGCCCCCUGGUCAAGGCGGUUUGUUGUGCGGACCACGAGCACUGCUGCCCUCAGGGCUACACCUGCAACAUGCAGACGGGAACGUGUGAGAAGAAGAACGGCGAUGAGCUGAUCCAAACCCUCCCUCAGAGCAAAGUGGUUCGGUCCGAGCCCGGAGACGCGGAGGACGUACCAUGUGACAGCACGGGGGAAUUUCACUGCCCCAGAAAAGACACGUGCUGCAGGACGUCGUCCACAGAGUGGGCGUGUUGCCCCUCGCCAAAGGCGACCUGCUGCUCCGACUCGAAGCACUGCUGCCCCGAGGGAUUCUCCUGUGACGAGGAGGCUGGAGGAUGCACCCCGAAGGAAACCCAGCUGACCUGGGACAUUUUGUUUUGGGACAGACAGAGAGACUUUGUCCCUCACGGACUUUAAUCCCUCAGAGGUCCACAGCUCCUGUUGUUUGUGGGCAAUAAGAGUUUUUCAUCACAGGUAUUUCUGGUUUGCGGCCGAGUUGAAGACAUCGCUGACGUCUUAGUUGUUCUGAUAACAGUUUGCUGAAGAUUUGUCCUCAUCACUUUCUUUUCUCAGAAGUCAACAUUAGAAGGUUCAUGAAGUAUUUGAAGGACUCACUGAGCGGCUUUGCAGAGUCUCUGCAUUUUUCUUAUUGUCUUUAAACCUCAUGAAAAGAAUAAAGACAAUUAGUUUUUUUAGAAAAUAUGUUUAAUUCAUAUUUGUUUAAACCACAAUCCUUCACUUCAUCCUCAACAUAGGAAAAGCUCUUGAUAACAAAUGUGAAGUAACAGAGAAA